AUGGCGAACAAUUCGGGCUUGCUGCUUGCCGAAGAAGGGAUACACGAAGACUUCCGGAGAGGAAACUUCAUCUUUCUGCAUCUAAGUGCUGCCGAUCAACUCGGACACACUGCUAAGCCAAAUUCACCCGAGUACGUAAAAAUGAUUCGAAACCUUGAUUCGAACAUCGGUCGCAUCCUGAAACUGUUUUCAAGUCUUCCUUUUGGAGAGGAAAUUCUACUUGAAACCGCCUUUAUUCUGACUGCGGAUCAUGGAAUGACUGACUGGGGUAAGAUAUGAUCCCCAAAAUGCCUUCUGGCUCCUCGUGGUAACUUUCCUGUCGCGAAGUUCCGCACUUUAGGUCGACAAAACUUGUAAGCCUUUAGGUUAAUUAACGGCUUUUCUUUUGUCUGUGUUAUAACCGUUCUCUUAAUCCGGCCUUCGAAGUACAAUGCCUUUUUCCAAAAAUACCCUUCCUUUAGGCAGCCAUGGAGCCGGAUCUCCGCAAGAAACCGUCACACCGCUUAUUUUGUGGGGUAGCGCGAUAACUCCACCAGAGAUUUCUGUAAACCAGUCACUUGGAGUCGACAAAACAGAGCUGCCAAAAUAUAAUUAUAACCGCAAGUUCCACAUCGUUCGUCAAGCGGACAUCUGUCCACUCAUCGCCUCUUUGUUGGGUGUUCCCAUUCCGGCUAACUCGGUGGUGAGUCUCUUACCGCUCUUAUUUGUUCAAUGUGUUCGUGCGGUAUACCCUUUCCCCUCACAGAAGAAACUUCAAUGAAACUGCACACUUUUUAGAACUACUUGUGUAUUUAAUUGCAGGUUAUCUUUAAUAUAGGUCUUGUCUCGGACAUAUCAUCCUGUGUCCAUAUCCUCCUUUAUGUACUUUCCCACCACACUCCGACGCCAAAGCUGGCAGUCAGCAGACAUGCAUGGACAUUAGGUACAAGAGACGGGCAACACAUUAGCAAGUUUAAAACGCAAUAAGUAACACACCCUUUCCCAGUUUUAAUGGGAGUGUCGCAGGGCCCAUGUGGUUUCCCUAAAUGGGUGACACCAGGGAGCUCAAAUCCUUUAUUCCAUGCUUUGGAUCUAUGAACUCCCUCUGAACUAUGGCUCAAUACCACCUUUCAUAUGGACCUUAGGGUGAUAGGGGCCGUUUAGGAGAGCAAACGUGGUUUUCUCAAACGUUUAAAAAAGGAAAAAUUCUUGUUUGCGCUGGAUGCAUGUUUACUUAGUUGAAAGGGCACCCUGUAGAAUAAUAGUUCGGGAGGGGGGAGGGGGUACGCGUGUCUUUACCCAACCAUUCCAUAACGACUUGCCCGAAUGAAACCAGGUCUGCUUAGGAUGUUCUCUCAAGCAACUGCACUCGAUCUCACUUUAAUUCGUCAUGACCUGGACUUUGUACGAGUCCCCUAACUAGAACCUGGCCGAUGUAAUUCAUUCUUGAUGUGCCUUCUUUAACAAUUAUCACUAAUUUUCCCAGCGGCAAGGAUGCUGAGUCUCUCUGAGCUGAGGUUGAGAAAAUAUGUGAGGAACUAACUAUAGGUUGAUGGGGCUGCAAAGAAGGAUGGUACAGAGCAACUGAUGGACCCAGCUGGGUGCUCUGCUUGACAGGAUUUAUAAUUGAGAAGCUUCACUUUUCCAACUGGUCGUGUGAAAUUGCCUGUGUGUUGAGUAUAUACUUAAAGUCAAGGUUGAAUCUGACUUCAGUAUGACGCUAAGAAUCACCCGGAAGCUUACCGGUAUUAUGAUGCUGGCCAAUUCCUGGAUGCUACUUGCCCACCUGUUGUUCAGAAUGAUAAUUAUAUGGCAGUCUUAAGCUGGCGGUGACCAAUUUUGUACGCAAAUAACGCUGUUGAUUUUUGGAUUUGAUCCCCCAACAAGACGGUGUCUUUGUCCGACCAAAGUGCUUCAUGUGCCUUCAAAAUGGGGAUGGCCCGUCUACACGUCCUAUAACUUGUCCGUUGUGGUCGUUGAGGUAAGGAGACUUGACUGACGCUUGAAUUGGCUAGUGGCGAGGGCAGCUUUCGCAGAAUUUACCUCCUUCUUUGCUCACCCAACUUGUUCCAGUUGCAAGACAGAAUAAAGACUGUUUUAAUCCAUCUCGUCAGUUUCUGUAGUAAGAGAUGACGUGGCUACUGGAAAACGAUAACCGGAUUGGCGUACUUCAAGUGUCUUUGCGUCGUCAGCCUCACCCGAAGUGAAGUCACGUACUCACCAUUUAGGUAGGUCGCAUUCGAGGCGUUAAAGGUUUCAGCUACUCAGAAUUAACUGCUCCUGUUUGACGACAAAGCGCAGGGCUGCGUCAGAUUCAGCCACAAUUUGACAUUUACUCAGCUCUAGUUCGCUAAUUUACCACAGGAUUGCAUUAGUUUAGAGCGAUGGGGUAUCAUUAUUGACUUAUCACAUAUGACGCGGGUGGUGCAAACCUAUAGUCUUCUUUUUCUUUCCUCUAACGUAUCUCGCCGUAACUUUAAACCUCGGAACUUAUGCGAUCUUCUCUUCUUAGGGUGAAGUUCCUCUAGAUGUCCUAGACGUUGGACUACAAUUAAAAACGGAACUUAUUCGUUCAAAUGCCUUGCAGAUAAUCGCCCAGUUCCAGGUGAUUGUCCUCUUUAACCCAGGUCUCAUCUCUGACCGUAGAAAAAGUACACCGAACAGAAGGCCUCGCAUUACAGAGCGUUUUUUCAAGAAUUCAGGUGGGUGAUAAGGUCACUGAUAAUCUUUUGAAUUCAGCUCUCUCACACAGGCAGAGCUGUCAAAAUUAAUGAGCGCUGCAGCCCAGCAGACGGCCGAUGGCGACUAUGCUUCUGCGGUAAGAUUUUACUUAUCUAAUGAUAUCUUGUGUUCUGGUUCCAGAUUUCAACUUACCGCCAGAUCAUUCGCCAAGGACUCGAGGGCCUCACGUACUAUCAUAAAUACGACCGAUUUUUUAUGGGGUAACUUAUUGACAUUUAAAUUUUGACUAGAACUGUUUGAGUAGUCUUCACGCAUGCCGUUGGUCAUGGAUUUCCUGAUCGACAGCGACCGUUUUUGUCAGUUUGUUGAGGGAUCGUGGUUUGGUGUUGGAGGCGGACGCAAGUGCUUGAUUAGUACAACUUACCGCAAACUAAUUUAUAGUCAGAAGGGCUUAUGUAGAGCCAACCUUGCCACCCAUUUUCUAACCGUCAUGUUUCAGUGGCAGGACAAAGUCAAAGCGAUUGAAUGUGAGUUUGGGCACACCUUAUGACCAGUCAGUAAGCUACUUCACAACACCCCAACACAAUUGCUCAACUCACAGAACGAAACCGGACUAUGCACACAACUUGACCGGGUGGACAAACUGCCUAACCAUCUUUUGAGUGUGUCGCCAUUGUGCUUGGCCUUGACUCCCAACACAGCUUUCUAGAGCCACUGAUGAGAAUUGAGUAGCAGGCGGGACUCAGAGUGUAACGACCGCCUAACGUGAAUAGGCAAUGUGAUCAGCAUUUAUGUGCCCACACAUAAAACACUCAAAAUUGGAGGUCAUUGCUAGUCAGACCAGUUAGGCCAAAAGUGAAGAUGCGUUUGCUGGUUGUGUCAUCUUGCAAAAGCAUCCACCGGUUGACGUGAACUGUCAAGUCUAACUGGUUAUAAUUCCCUUGCGGACACCUACGGCCGGACGUGUCUCUUCAGCUCAUUAUAUCAGCUGAAAGCGACCCUUGAACCGUUGAGCAGGCAGUGAAUGCCAUUCUUAUGUAUGGUGGAAACAAAGAGAACAAACAUCUGAUUUCCACACUAAACAGCAGUCAGUUCCUUGGUGGUAAGGGAGAGAAGUGAGAAAUCACUGAAUCAUUCGCCUGCAAUAUUGUCAAGUUCGGACACAAGUCACAACCUCCCAGUUCUUGGGGAUCCCUCUGGCACAUCUUCCGUAACCAGCCUCGGACACUUCAACAGGGCCCUACUACUCUUAUUAGGGCUGGCCGAUACAUUUAUUUAUACUCGAAUUCAUGUUAAUUUCAACGGAAAAUUGUCGACACUUUAUUUGACCGAAGCAGUAUGUCUGGUUUAUUUAAAACUGAAAAGGUUUGCACGUCGCCAAUGAAGAAGCAGUUAAGCCGUGUUUCGUCCGACGUUCCAAUUAUUGUCACCCCUCCCCGUCCGUGUUCUGGCUCUCUUCGGAGCAAGCUGCCGGAUUGAAUUUUUCAGGCUCCGUUCGCGCCUUAUCAAUAGUCGGACUAUUCGCUUUUACUGACAUUUUUUGCCGCCUCUGUGUCCUCUUCGUAUCCAGCAACCUGCUCUAUUUGUGGACCCGGCUUUCAUUUUUCUGUGGGCUGUGGCGAACACUUCUUUUAUGAUUUCAAAGAAGCCUACUCAUAAAAUGUCAACAGGCACUAGUGGUAGUGAGAAUUGGAACACCACAAGCAUGCUGUAACCUGGAAGAAAUGCUUACCGAGAGGUUGUAGGACCGCCUGAGUAAUAAGUCCGAAAUUUUCAGAGUCGUUGGUGAACGCUUCGCCUUCUUCCGUUAUUGGUCCGUCUUUUGACACAGUUUGCGCAAGCAACAAGUCUUGCCACUACGGUCUUGAUCGUCGAAGUAAUUCUUUCACACGCCGGAUUUGCAUUUCUACCUCAGCCCAUGACUGCCUCACCGCCGUACGAUUACGCCACACAGGCACUCACAGUUACGUACGGACGCGCAUUUGCAUAGCGUAGGGUUCUCACCGUCUUGUCUUGCUUUGGGCAAGCUGUCGUGUGCUCCGGUUUCUCUUGUGCGUAGCCUUUCUCAAAAUCGCGCCAGGAUUAAGGGUAGUAUUUUUUCGCAGUUUUCAUAUUUUCCUCCUACAGGAACUUAGGAGAGCUUUAGCCUAUAGCGCAAAUUGCAAACAAUGCACGACUAUCAGUGUCUGAGAGAUUGCCGACUUUCUCUGAAUAAGAUGAUAGUAAAUCUAAAGUGUUACCACUACCUCAUGUCGGUUCACAUCUUAAUAUACUGUCAUGGUUGCUUUGUUGUAUCGCUUUUUUCCCACUUAUCCACCGGUAAAACGAACUCAUGUUGCCUCAGGUAGAGGCAGAAGUGUUCGCGGGUAUUCCUUUCUAACAAGACACCGUUUAACGCCUUUGGUAAAGUGAGAAAGACUUCCAAUUUAAUGGUAAAAUCUAGCCACACAGCUUUCAUCCCAUGCUGACUCACGUUUCUCUACAAGAAAGGGUUUUCAGUGGGACUUUUAUUUAAAAGGAACUGUUCGAAGUGGAUAAUUCGAACAAUCAGAAAAUAUCUAGGAAGUCAAGUCCGGCAAACGCACUCUUCCGAUUAUUCAUCAUAUAAGGGAGAGCAGAAUAGCAAAAGUUAGACAUGCAAUAAAAGUCAACAUGGAGGAGAGGGUUGAGGGACGUUCAGAAGUCAGUGGUCAGCUUCUAGUUCUGUCUCGGGCUUAGGGAGGGGGAGGGGGAAGGUGUCUGGUGAUUAGCUGUCCCUGUUCCAUCGCUGUAACGCGACGUGACGGGUGUGAACACAUAUGUUGGGUCUGUUUUUGCCCUGGGCAUCCUUUGCCCUUGCACAAACGCUUUAUGCGAGCACAAGGCUGGAUUGGCUAGCCGUAUGGCCACUGCCUUUUCCGUAGCAAGUAUUCGUUGACACAGGAACUUGGAAUGUCUCGCCGGCACUUUAUAGAUGACUCGGAAUGCUUGGUUGGCAAGUUCAUUCUCAAGCCUAUCUGAAGUGCAUAUUCUCCUAGCUCGGUUGGUGAGGCAGCCUUGUUUGAUUUCCGAGGAAAUUAAUGCGCGGACUUUGAACAAUUCCUUCGGAACGGACCUUUCAGGCACGGUCUGAAAUUUGGUAUGCUAUUGGUAGGUGUGGUCAAUAAUACUCUGGGCGCGAAAUAAUCGAGUACUUAUAGUAAGUCGAGUUUUUUAGAACAGACUGGGAAGUAGGAAGCGUACACAGCGAGAAAACUCUUGCUGUGAAGUUUUGCAGCAUUAAUGUUUUCAAUAAAUCCAGUAUUUCAUGCUUUCGCAGACUGCGGGAGAUGAGGAAAGGGGAAAUUUUCGCGUUCGAUUCCGUGCCGGAUGCCUUGACUGUGAGCCGUGGGGGACGAGUAUGUCAGCCAUGCGUGUAGCCGAGAUUCACCGGUCCUCUGAAAUGCAAAGCGAACCCAUCAUUCAGUUAGGCCAACUUUUUCUACUGGGUUUCUAGACACACUUCACGUGUGCGGGAGUAAUGCAAUUGGGUUCAUCACCGUAUCCGAACUUAAUAUUAGUCUUUGUUCCGCCUUUUUACAAUCUUGAUUAGCUCUGGGCGACUGCGGUGUGGACAAGCUUACACACUCGAAUUGCGGCACCGUGACGACAACGGCGGUCUUUUAUUUGAGACUCGCCUUACUACCCAGUAAAAUAGUUGACCCAGUCUUUCCAUGCAAGUCAGAGGUAAAAGGAUUUGAUUUACUUACGUAGAUGACAGGCCGGGCGCUGCAGCUUAGAGGUAAUGUAUUCUGGCGUGAAAUCAGGUCGGAUGUUCCAGUCUGUCUGCGGAAACGAGUUCUCUAACUUUAUCACUCUUCGUGUUUCUCACUGUCUGCUAGGACUGAGAAGGCAUCUAAUUAUUUAAAAUAUUACGGACAAAACGGAAAAGCCCAUUGUCGUAGUCAAUCGGUCUUGGCAUGCACGAAGACGCUAAACUACUUCUCAGAAGUUACUGGCAUAGCUUUUUCUCCGUGGUGCCUUUUUGCGGGUGAUUAAUGUAUCGGCUUGCUGUUUCCUGCUUUCAUCCACAACAUUUGGUUUUGCCGUGUUUAAUCCUGACAGGUUUUCAUAUUGACUUGCUGUCUUUGUUUACUGCAGGUUGUGCAUCAUGCUCUCGUACUUUCUGUGGUCGGUUAUCCUGUGCUCAGAAAUAGUUGACCACCCCAGCUAUCGACGCGAUAGUUUUGCACCAGGCUCUUUGUCCUGGAACAUAUGUGCAAGUUGCAUCGCCUUUGGCAUCCUUUUGACCUUAACAAGUGGUACGUUUAUCUUUCAACGCUUGUUUUGCUGCACUUCGAUUUUUAUUUUUAUAAUCUCAUCUAUAACUCUUUUAACUAGCUUUCGACCAGUCCUGGCUUCGGACACUAUAUCAGCUACUUCCUCUGGCGCUUUCCGUGUUGCUGCUCGCCGUACCUGCUUUCCGUGAUGUCGUUUACUACAUUGCUUCCCUCAUCACAGGAAGUCAAUCGAAUGCAAAAGAGGAGUCAUUUUCUGGACCUCAGACCGUUUUGCUACUUGUUACUCUUAUGGAAUUGGCUGUAAGUAACGGUGAAUGUUUUGUAUGUUUUCUAAGGCGUUCCUGUACCACCUGCUGCAGGCCAGUUUGAUAGUUCUUAAAUUGUUUAACACCGGCGAUUUUUAACUACAGAUUUCGUUAUCAUAAUUCACAGCCGACAUGGCGACCUUAUCCUCCUUGCCCCUGAUAAUGUGCUUAUUUAUACCUCACUUCUGGUUUCCACCCCAGGUCUCUUAAGGCUCCCUGAAUAAUUUUGACUGGCCUCAAAACUCCUCCGCUUAUUAGAUUUGAGGUUUCUGCCAUACGUUCUAAUGUCAAUUUCUGUGUACUUUUCAGCUCUGGGGUUUCAUAUAUCGUUUUCUCCUCUCAUUUGGCGCAAUUUUGAUCGGACUGUGGCCGUUUGUGGACUCCUCCUUCAUCCGGCAGCGAGACGUAAGUGCUUGUUGCCUGGCUAUCUAG